AUGGCGUCCAAGGAGAGCCAUCUGACAGCUACACUCCUGACCUCCAUCCUGGCAGCGGUGCUCGGCUCGCUGCAGAUCGGAUACCACACCGGCAACGUCAACGCUCCGGCCAAAAUCAUCGAAGAGUUUUUCAACCACACCUGGAGAGCGAGACACAACCAGUCGAUGCCAGAUCACAGCCUGACUCUCCUGUGGUCGCUCUCCGUCAGCAUUAAGGACUUUGGAGCUUUGCUGGGUUCGCUGGGAGUCAAAUUCCUGGUUGAUUCUUAUGGCAGGCGUAACUCCAUCCUGAUAGUUAACGGACUGUCUGUGGCCGGAGCCUGUAUGAUGUUUGCAUCCAAAGCCAGCGAGUCGUUCGAGGUUCUGAUCCUGGGACGUUUGGUGUUCGGUUUGUUCUGCGGUCUGGUGAUGAGUAUGAACCCCCUCUACAUCCAGGAAAUGUCGCCCACCAACCUGAGAGGAGCCUUUGCCACACUCAACCAGGUGUCCUUCGCUUCGGGCAUCCUGGUGGGAAUGGUGGCUGGUCUGGAGACGGUGCUGGGAACUGAACAUUACUGGGCCAUGAUGUUUUCUCUAUCUCUGAUCCCGGCUGUGACCCAGUACCUGGUUCUGCCUUUCUGUCCUGAGAGUCCACGAUAUCUGCUCAUCAACCGGGGAGAGGAGAGCAGGGCUGAAUCUGCCUUGCAGAGGCUGAGAGGCCGAGCAGACUCGGUGUUUGCUGAGCUGGAAGAGAUGAAGGAGGAAGCUGGCCACACUCAGAGCGGUCUGACCGUCUACGAAUUCUUCAGGAAACGCAGCUACAGGCAGCCGAUCAUUAUCGUCCUCGUCGUCAACUUGGGAAGCCAGCUGUCUGGAUUCAACGCGAUAAUCAACUAUUCCACCAGAAUGUUCCAGGCCAAGUUUGACCAGGCCAAAUAUCUGACUCUGGGUGUCGGUGCUGUCAAUGUGACAUUCACUCUGGUGGCAUUCUUCCUGAUGGAGAAGGCAGGGAGGAGAAAGCUACUGCUGACUGGCUUCAUCUCCAUCGCUGUGUGCAACUUACUCAUGACCAUCGUCGACUCUGCGCUGCAUCUGGUCCCGGAGCUCCGCAGCCUUCAGGUGCUGCUGGUUUUCUGCCUGAUUUCCGCCUACGAACUCGGCCCCGGCCCCAUCUCCUGGUUCAUCGCCGCCGAGCUGUUCGACCAGCCCGGCAGACCCAUCGCCAUGGCCUUCACCAGCAUGCUCAACUGGGGAGGGAAGUUCGUUCUGGCGCUGCUCUUUCCUCCAUUACUGAAACUCUGCGGCGCCUACGUCUACCUCCUCUUCAUGACUGUAGCUCUGCUGGCCUUCAUUUUCACCUGGAUUCGACUCCCAGAGACGAAAGGUCGGACGUUCGACGACAUUGCAGCGGAGUUCAGAGGAGCAGAGGGCAUCCCUUUGCACAAUAAGACUGGAUUUAACACUUUCACCUGAAGAGCUUCUCAUUUCCUAAUGAUUCAAACUGGUAAAGGGUCAGUUCAAUUUAAAUCCAGAGUGUUUUAUCAAAGAUUACUGGUAGGCAACAAAAUAAAUCCCCUUUUAUUUGACAUUUACAAGACGUGUUCAGCACCAAAAUAAGCAAGUUUGAUUCAAACUUUAGGUGCACUGACCCUUUAAGUCUCACACUGCUGUUGAUGUGGCUUCAGUUAGUUCGGUUUUCCAACAAUAUUGUUCUGAUUAUGUGAUUAUAACUAUUUAUGCUGCGUGUUUUGAGGCAUUUUCUGUGUUAUUUUGUAAAGAGUCAGGGAACGUUAAACAAUGAAAGAAAAGUCAGCAACAUAUUCUUUGUUUAGUUCUUGAAGAAUUUGUUUUCUCCCUGUAAAACAAGUGAAUUAAGCUUCAUUUGCGGUUUUGUUUGAAUACGUAAAGAGUAACAUGAUGCCUUGCGCACCAGAACAUCAUGGAAAAUUUUUGUUUCUUGGAGACAUUUUUAGAAAUAGUUGUAUCACUGCGUUAAAUUCAACUGGACUGCAGGAAAUUAAAUACCAGCUGAAGUACAAAGACAUUA